AUUGCCGGUAAAAUGGGGCAGGGCUAGGGCAGCUCCAUAACGCUUUGCCGAAUCUGAAGCAGUUCAUAUUUGUGAUUGUGAAACAUAGAAAUUACCACUCGAUUAGACCUGGAUUUGACACUAUGGAUCCCAAUCGGAUAAUUCAAGCCCUGAAAGGGACGAUCGACCCCAACCUCCGGAUAGCGGCUGAAAACGAACUCAAUCAGUCGUACAAGAUCAUCAACUUCGCCCCCACUCUGCUUCAGAUCAUUGUGUCUGAACAGGUGGAGUUCCCUGUCCGCCAAGCAGCGGCCAUCUACCUAAAGAACAUGGUGAGCCAGUACUGGCAGGACCGCGAGCCCUCUCUAGGGGAGGUGGUGUUCCCCUUCAACAUCCACGAGAACGACCGCACGCAGAUCAGAAACCACAUCGUGGAGGCCAUCAUCCAGUGUCCCGAGUCCAUCCGUGCCCAGUUGACAGUGUGUUUGCGAGCAAUCAUAAAGCAUGACUUCCCUGGGCGCUGGACGGCCAUAGUGGAUAAGAUCGGCCUGUAUCUGCAGUCUCAGAACAGUGGCAGCUGGUACGGCAGCCUGCUGGCCCUCUACCAGCUUGUCAAGACCUACGAGUAUAAGAAGGCGGAGGAGAGGGAUCCGCUGCUAGCAGCCAUGCAGAUCUUCCUGCCCCGUAUACAGCAGCUCGUCACCCAGCUAUUGCCUGACGGCACAAUCUUCUCUGUCCUCAUACAGAAACAGAUCCUCAAGAUCUUCCACGCACUCGUACAGUACUCCCUGCCUCUCCAGCUGAUUAAUAACACAGUCAUUACCCAGUGGAUGGAGCUCCUCAGGGCUGUUAUGGACAGAGAUGUCCCCCCAGAGACGUUGGAAGUGGAUGAGGAUGACCGUCCUGACUUGGUGUGGUGGAAGUGUAAGAAGUGGGCCCUACACAUCAUCACCAGACUGUUCGAGAGGUACGGAAGCCCAGGCAACGUGACAAAGGAGUACUUUGAGUUUGCGGACUUUUUCUUGAAGACGUACGCUGUAGGGAUCCAACAGGUCCUGUUGAAGGUGCUGGACCAACACCGACAGAAGCAGUAUGUCACGCCUCACGUCCUCCAGAAGUCUCUUAACUACCUGAACCAGGGCCUGUCUCACUCCCUCACCUGGAAACACAUGAAGCCACACAUGCAGACCAUCAGCCAAGAGGUGAUCUUCCCUCUAAUGUGUUACAAAGACGAGGAUGAGAAACUGUGGCAGGAGGAUCCUUACGAGUACAUCCGCAUGAAAUUCAAUGUGUAUGAUGACCAUGCCCUCCCUGCCACCGCCGCCCAGAGCCUCUUGUGUAAAGCAGCCCGCAAGAGGAAGGAGGUUCUUCCCCAGAUGAUGGAGUUCUGCCACCAGAUCAUGAUGGAGCCCUCUGCUGACCCCCGCAGGAAGGAUGGGGCGCUGCACGUUAUCGGCUCACUAGCCGAACUCCUACUGAAGAAGAGGGUGUACAGGGAGCAGAUGGAGCUGAUGUUACAGAAUUACGUUUUCCCUCUACUCAACUCCCCUCUGGGAUACCUCCGGGCCAGGUCGUGCUGGGUGCUGCAUUCGUUCAGCCCGCUGCGUUUCCAUAACGAGUUGGUCCUGAGGAAUGCGGUGGAGCUGGUCAAACAGGGCCUGGUAGCAGACAAGGAGAUGCCCGUCAAGGUGGAGGCUGCUAUCGCCUUGCAGACACUGGUCAGCAACCAGGAGCAAGCUAAGGUCUACAUCAGGCCCUACAUCCGGCCUGUCAUGCAGGAGCUGCUCCACGUCAUCAAGGAGACGGAGAACGAUGACCUCACUAAUGUCAUACAGAAGAUGAUCUGCGAGUACAACCAGGAAGUGGCUGUCAUCGCCGUCGACAUGACCCAGAACCUGGCCGAGAUCUUCACCAAGGUGCUACAGAGUGAAGAGUAUGAGGAGAGUGAAGACAAGACGGUGAUGGCUCUGGGGAUCCUCAGCACCAUAGACACCAUACUCACUGUUAUGGAGGACCACAAGGAGAUCACUCAGCAGUUGGAGGGCAUCUGUUUACAGGUGAUAGGCCUGGUGCUGCAGAAGCCCAUCAUAGGUAUGGCAGAGUUCUACGAGGAGAUUCUGUCCCUGGGGUUUGGGCUGACCUGCCAGACCAUCUCCCCUCAGAUGUGGCAGCUACUGGCGGUGCUCUACGAGGUCUUCCAGCACGACUGCUUUGACUACUUCACGGAUAUGAUGCCUCUUUUGCACAACUACGUUACCGUGGAUACAGACAUGCUCCUGUCCAACCCCAAAUAUUUAGAGGUCAUAUACAACAUGUGCAAAAAGGUGCUGACCAGUGAUGCAGGUGAGGAUGCAGAGUGCCACGCUGCUAAGCUGCUAGAGGUCAUCGUCCUCCAGUGUCGGGGGAGGGGCAUCGACCAGUGUAUCCCGUUGUUUGUGGAGGUUGUGUUGGAGCGGCUAACCAGAGGUGUGAAGUCCAGUGAGCUGAGGACCAUGUGUCUGCAGGUGGCCAUCGCUGCUCUCUACUACAACCCAGCCCUGCUCAUCCACACGCUGGACAACAUGCACUUCCCCCACACCCCACAGCCCAUCACCGCUCACUUCAUCAACCAGUGGAUGAAUGACACUGAGUUCUUCCUGGGGCUCCAUGACCGUAAGAUGUGUAUCAUCGGACUGAGUGUUCUGAUGGAGCUACCCUCCAGGCCAGUGGUGGUAGACGGGAUAGCGGCUCAGAUUGUCCCCAGCGUCCUGCUCCUCUUCCUGGGGCUCAAACACCUGUACUCCUCCCGCCUCAACAAGCCAGAUCUUCUGGUCUGUACUGGGGUACCGGAGGAAGACCAGAACGAGGAGAUCCCUAGUGAUGAGGACGAGGUGAAUGAGAACUGUAACGCCAUGAUGCAACAGCAGACUUGCACACGCGUAGGCCACAAGGACGAUGAGGAGGAGGAGGAUGAUGAAGACUACUGGGAUGAAGAAGGGCUGGAGGGGACACCCCUGGAGGAGUACAACACGCCUCUGGACUAUGACAAUGGAGAGGACGAGUAUCAGUUCUUCACCGCUGCCCUACUCAGGGUCCAGAACACUGACCAGCCUUGGUACCAGUCUCUGACCACGCCCCUCAGUGAUGACCAGAAGAAACAGCUGCAGGAGAUCUACAGCCUGUCCCAGCAGAGGAGGAGCACCGCUGCCAAGGGCCAAUGGUGAGGCAGAAGAGAGAGCUGUAAGAGACAUGGCUAGAGGCCUGGAUGGAAGGAGGAGUAGCAGCAGAGUUCUGGCCUGAUCUGAAGUGGAUUUAAAACACACCAAGAACUGUUUCAGACCAGAUCUAUCUAGACUUUACUGAUCCCACCAAGACUGGGCCAUCUAGAACCGUAACUGAACUCGGUGGAGACCCACCAGAGACCAUAACACCAGGACUUUACACUACACACUUUACGGUUCACAUCUCAGACCGUAAUUGGACCACACCCACCCCAGAGAGAGAGAGAGAGUGUGUGUGUGAGAUUGAUGUCCUGCUCUGUAUCACUGACCAGCGAAUUCAUCUUCUAGUGCAGUACAGUCCUUGGGUCUGUGAUUCUGUAACUGUGUGAAUGUAAGUAUUGUACACAAAAUCUCUGUUUCUCUAUAGCCUGACUUUUGUUUGGUCUCGAGAGGACUGGGCAGAUGUCCUUGGUUGCCAUGGCAUCAAUCAAAACCAUCAAUCAAAACCAUGUGUCAGUUAGUCUGAACCAAAGCUGUGGUUCUAAUGGAUGGACAGACAGGCAUGUUGGGGUGAAGGGUUAGAGGUCAGUGACCUUUAACCCACGGGGGGGUUCCUUUCACACUGAUGAAUUGUAAUAGGGGGCAAGAUGCUGGGAGGAGAGUGUUUGUUUGUCUUUGUUUUAUAUAACUGUUUUCAUUUAACUUAAGAAAAUCAUAAACGUUCAUGUAACAUCUA